AUGGCAGAAGGCGCUGAGAAGCCGCUUGUGCCAGGAAGUGACAGGGCGCCGGAUUGCAACAUUUUUAGAAGCAGUCGCAUUCAGUUAAAUAAUGAAGAGGCAUUUGUGGAAAUGAACAAUUGUUUAAACAUCCUGGGGUAUGGACAUGCGCUCAGACAGAAACGCCAGGAAUUUUAUAAACAGUACGACGCAAGUCUUGCACCUUCGGGUUUUGUUCCCAGUCUAAAAACAAUCAUAGUUGGAAGUAAGGCAGAGGGUCUUUCAAGUUUUUUUGAAAGUGAUAGGGACCAUAUAGCUGUGACUAAUAUUGUCGAAUGCAUUGAGGCCGGUUUUGAAAUAAACUCAAUUUCAGAGAACACUCCCGUGUUCCGGAUGAAUACACUGAUAUGUUACCCGGGGCAUUGCAUUCUGCUGCUAGAGAGAGGUUUACCGAUAUCUCUUUGGAUAGCACUGUCCGAAAAUGCACUUGGGCAAGUUCUUCUAAGCAGUACGGCUUAUGUUAAUAUGCAUAAACUGGGUGGACACCUUUCACAAGGACCCGUUUUGAAUGAACGUGCUGGCCCUUCACUGCCGAUAGAGAUUGGACACCUAAAAAAUGACAUAGUAUUUGCACUUCGUUGUCAUUGUCCUAGCAUACUCCAGAGAUGGGCAGCCAGAUCUCGGCAUUGGCCACCAGCGGAUAUUGUGGCAAUGGUCGUAUCAAUGGGGGCAUUUCUUGCUCCCGUUGGAUUUAAAGAUAGCCAAAAUAAGCAUAAUGAAUGGAGGAUGUGCUUCAAUACAGGUGAAACAGAAUUGAUUAUUAACCUCAACGACACACAGGUUAAACUAUACGUUUUGUUGAAAAUGAUUGCAAAAGUUGUUCUCCAACCACGAAAUAAAGAAAUUACAUCGUUCAUGUUAAAAAAUAUAGUUUUAUGGCUAGCAGAGAACAACCCACAGUCAAUGUUCCAUGAGAGGAGAUUGUUUUUCUGGUUGCGUGAAUCACUUCUUGUGAUAAAGUCUGCGCUGUCCACAAAAACACUGCCAUACUAUAUGAUCCCAGAUAGGAACCUCAUGGCAGCAACAGGACUGACGGAUGCUCAGCAGCAGACAUGGAUAGCAACAUUAACCGAAAUGAUCGAUGAAGGACCUAUGAUAGUUCGAAGGCUUCCGAAAAUACGACAAGCCAUUAUCUGCCACCCUCAGCCUCUUCUUUGGUACACCGCUCAGAAGCUCGAACUAGAGAUUAUUUUGCUAGAAAUGGCAAAAGAGCUUCCAUACAUCAGUGGAAAUCGUGCUGAGGGUGUAUUGGGUUUGUUAUUUCAGCAUGGACUAACCUGGCGUGUGGUUGAAAUAUUGAAUGAUGUCUUUGAGAACAUGGGCUAUACAGACGCACAUAAUUUAUUUGAUAUUCUCGAUAUAUUAAACAGAAUGUUCAUAUAAGCAUUUUGAAAAUAUACAUAGUCCGUGAGUGCAUAGGUAACACAAUGUAUGAUCUUUAUCAAAAUUGUGAAAGGAAAUUGUUGUGUACGUUCCACUGUUGCUAUAUGUGCGUUAACACAAGAUGAAUGUCUUGAAUGUUUUAUAUGGUGACUUAAAAUGCAUUGAUCACCAUGAGUGUUUACUUCUUGUUUGUCAUUAUGAUAAAAGAAGCCAUAUCCACCUUUUUUUAACGUACAUAUUAGGGCCAUCAUAUGAUAUGUAUUUACGAAACGUCUAUAACAACGUUUUAUCGUUGAGACAUAGGUUUGGUAAGUAUGAUGUAAACAUGAGCUUUCACUUGUAUACAAAAGACAGCUAAGACGUUUAUAAGACCGCGUCGAUAGCGAUAUUCGGAGUUUGAGAACCGCAAAAUGAAAAUGUGUAUCGCUUUUGAGAUGUUACUUGCACAGUUACCUCCCCUUCGAUACUACUUUGCAUGAUAGAGAAUUAAAAGCAUAUCUGUGUACGCGGAAUGCUCUGAUUAACGUAGAACAUAGUACGGUGUUAACUGUAUGCGUUGUUGUAUAAUAUGAUUAUAUUUUUUUAACUAAUAUCGCCCUCGGCGUUUAAACAAAAAUCAUACAAAAUCAUUCUUAUUUGUUUUUACCAAAGUAACCAACACCAAGCUGUUACUAUAAAUCAUUGUUUGAUAAAAACUGUUCAUAUAUGUGUUUCCAAUGUUAUGCACAUUAAUUUUGUUUGAACAAUUAUUGUAAAGUAACAUAAAUACUAAAAAUCAACGGAUAUUUCGCUAAAUGGUUCGUAAAAAAAAUGUAACCCAUAAAAAUCAGUGUUCCUUAUAGCAAUAGCCAAACUUUCAACGCUAUAUGUGAUAUGGUAACAUAGAUUUAACAAGAUACAAAAUGCUGUUUUUUAUUUACUUUGUGUGGCACAAUAUAUUCAAUUUUAAUUUUUUACAACGAUAUAUUCAUACGACACACGAACACUUACGUGGCACAUGAACAUGUGUUAAAUAUAAUGUCCCAAAAAUAUGAGGCUCGAGCUGGAGAUUAUUUUACUAGAAAUGGCAAAAAGGCUCCCUUACCUCAGUGAAAACUACGCUGUAAAUGUAUGGGGUUUGGUGUUUCAACAUGAACUUUCCUGGCGUGUUGUUGAAAUAUCGAAUGAUGUGUUUUAGAGCAUUUUGUAUCUUGUUAAAUCUAUGUUACCAGACCACAUCUAGCAUUGAAAUUUUGGCUAUUGCUAUAAGGAACAGUGAUUUGUUAUGUGUUAACUUUAUUUUUCGAAAUAUUGUACGAAAUAUUCGUUGAGUUUGAGUGUUUAUGACAUUGUAAUGGAAUGUGUCCUAUUUUAUCAUUCGGAAUUCCGCGCGUGUGUUAUUUAUGUGCGCAAACAUCUUAUUCUACUCAGGAUACCACUAAGAUUAUUGCUUAGAUAUCAAUCAUUAUCUAAAUCAUUAUCUGUAUAUACUUUACACACGUUAACUUUUGUAACUUAUUUAUGAACUCUACAUUUACAUUUCACAUGCUUGCAAAAUCCGUAAGUAUAAAUUAACAGAUCAUAAACAAUACCAUUGUGGUUGAUUGAGUUAUUUAUACCAUUCAAAAGAUUUGUUUAUUUAUUAAUGAUGUACUUUAUGCAUAAGAUUACACAACUCAAUAUUUUAUAUAUGUUUGGUUCUCAAUACUUCAUUGUAAACAACCUUCAUCGAAAGGUGUUAAGCCUUGUGGUAAAAUGUGCAUCAUACCAUUCUAAAUGUCGAAAGUUUGUGGCCAAACAUUUGUAAGUGGAGACUUAUGUAUAAUUUUGUUUUCUUGUAGGUGAACAUGCUAUUGUUUAUCUGUAAAAAGUAUGUUUGAUUAUAUAUUAAUUGUUCUGCCUGAAUAUAUUAUCAUUCAUAUGUUAAUACAAUAUAUUGUUUGUAUGUUUUCUUUUUUAUGCCAACUAUAAUUUAUAUAAUUAUAUGUUGUUGAAUAACCAAAUGUAAGGAGUCGAAACAUUCGUACACAUUUCGAAGCAAGAAUAAAUGUGUAGCCCGAUUCCAUCUCCUAACCAUAGGUUUUUCUACAAAAACCUUUGAUGGACAAAGUACUAUGUUGGUUCUAACACGAUCGUGUGUUUCUUUGUAUUGUAGAAGCGCAAAGCAUGAGGCGUACAUCCAUCCAAACCUUUUUUAACUGAGAGCUGACAUACAUUAUCAUUAGUUUCUAUCCAUGCACUUACAUUUAUUUAUCUAUUUAAUAUAAAAAUACAAGAUACGAUAAAGUGUUUUCACGUUUUUGUAUUACGAAUUUCAUCUAGUUACAGGUGAAAUACAACAGUUUUGUAUUAAGACGUUCAUAUAGGUUCUGUUAAAAUUAUGUACGUCAUUGACCAUCUGUUUAUAUACUUUGUUGUAAUAUGUGUG